ACGCAAUGUUACAGAUUAGGCAAGUUUCAAAUGGAGAUUGUAUUUUUCAGUUUCUAACACUUAGAUACAGGUGCAUAUAAACCCAAAAAUUCUUUUUAUUUUCGUAACCCAGUUAAAUUCAGACAGCGUGCGUAUACUGAAACAGAAAAUAUUUACAACCAUUAACCUGAAAUAACACCAUAAGUAACGCAAAUCUACUCGGCCAGCACGUCCAUGUUUUCCACAUGUUCCCGUGUAUUUUCGUUAGUACAUAAUUUAUUAACAACGAUUUCGGCUGUCACUCGCGUGAUAGUAAAAAUAAAAAAAAAAGUUUUGCAUUCUGUCGCUGACAAUCUGCGGCGAUCUAAGAUUGAACAACCGCGAACACAACGAAAUUUAAAAUUAGUCGUGGUAGCGUUUUCGAACUCUGGCAAUUAUUUCCAGGCACCGCUUUGUUUUCGACUUUCCCGAGUUCUAGUGAAGAAAUGUGUCUAAUCGUAUGGGUGACCGUGCUGGAACGAUGCCCUUGGUGAUGGUAACCCUCGAUACAGAUCCAGCAUUGUGGAGUGUCCCGCGAAUCGAAAGAUGAUCAUUGGCGUUACCAAUCCUAUAAGUGCCCCAUGGGAAGACCUAAACCCGAAACCAGUAGCCUGGUGGGAAGUUUCGGGCACAAAGAACGCAUAUUCUACAAGACCCACCCCAAAGUCCAACCGGCGCUAAAAUCAAAAUUGAAAAGGCACACUUUGGAUUUUCCGCGAAGGAGAAGGCGGGCUCAGAGGAACGAAGGUUACGUCGCAAUGGACCUGCUGAGAAGUUUUUAUAUGCUCACACAAACUAGUAGUAUAGUGAUAGAUUCACCGAUAUUUCGUCUGCACACCAAUGCUAGCGUUGUCAUUUUGAUAACGUUUUCAAUAGUUGUUACAACAAGACAAUACGUAGGAAAUCCUAUCGACUGUGUGCACACAAGGGAUAUUCCCGAAGACGUGUUAAACACAUACUGCUGGAUACAUUCGACCUUCACCGUAAGAGACGCAAAUGUCAACAUAGUUACCGACCAAGCUCACUAUCCAGGGGUGUUAUUCGCUGGAAACAAACCAAUCAAGCAAGUGAAAUACUACCAGUGGGUGGCUUUUGUCCUAUUUUUUCAGGCGAUAUUGUUCUACACUCCGAGAUGGCUAUGGAAGUCGUGGGAGGGCGGAAAAAUCUGCGCCCUUAUGAUGGACCUUGACGUUGCCGUAUGUUCUGAAAUCGAGAAGAAGCAAAAGAAGAAACUGAUGAUCGAUUAUCUGUGGGAGAACCUCCGGUAUCAUAACUGGUGGGCCUACCGCUACUACUUCUGUGAAGUACUGGCCCUGAUAAACGUGGUUGGGCAAAUGUUUCUGAUGAACAGAUUCUUCGACGGAGCGUUCCUGAUGUUCGGUUUCGAGGUAAUCGCGUUCAUCAACACAGAUCAAGAGGACCGGAUAGACCCGAUGAUCCAGAUUUUUCCGCGGAUGACCAAAUGCACUUUCCGAAAGUACGGCGUUUCCGGCGACGAAGAAAAACACGACGCCCUCUGCAUCCUACCCCUCAACGUAGUCAACGAAAAAAUUUACAUCUUCUUGUGGUUUUGGUUCAUAAUCCUAGCAAUUUUAACAUUGCUGACGGUGAUCUAUAGAGUGAUUAUCAUUUUUUCACCGCGGAUGCGGGUUUACUUGUUACGAAUGAGGUACCGAUUGGUAAGGCGGGACGUCAUAGAGACCAUAGUGCGAAGAAGUAAAAUGGGGGAUUGGUUUCUUUUUUACAUGCUCGGCGAAAACCUGGAUUCAUUGAUAUUUAGAGAUGUGCUGCAGGACUUGGCACACAAAUUAUCCAGGCACGAUUUCCAUCAUGCUCCUGGCUUCAAGGGUGAGAUUCAGGAGGCCUGAAGGAGAACCGAAGGAGUUAUUUGGAGAAUAAGAAGUUUUACAUGCGUUGUCGAGCUUUGAAUGUAACGCGAAUGAUAACGUUUGAAAGGCUAAAAACACCACUGCCACACUCAAAGAGUGAUAUCGGUUUAAUUUUUUUACAUUCUAUGCCGGGUUGAAAAAAAUAUGUCAUACGCCAAGCUGUGCCAAAUUGAUGUAACAUAAGAUGCAACGCUCAACUUUUUAACGAUUGUUUCGAUAAUUAUGGAAAAGAUGCAGGAGUUAGUUAAUUGUUUAAGAUAGGCUUUUUGAAAAUAUUGAAAUUUCACCAAACCGAAGCAUUUAAUUUUAAUAAAAUUUCUACUACUGCAAAAAAUAAACUGAAUUUUAGUUUCAGCUGACCAAUUUAGGUAUAUAAACUAAAAGAUUUUUGGAUUUUAAAGUUUUUCCUACAUAGAUCUUUAAAUUAUUGCGUACUUAUCGCGGUCGUUUCAAGACAUAUAAUUUAGACCUUAGCGGAUAUUAUAUUUAACUAUUUGAUAAUCAUUUUUCUGCUACACGGAUUUCUUGUUGGGUCAAUUCUUAUUUGUUAAAAAGUUUUUCCUUUGUCUAACAUUCCUGACCAUUUUCUUAACUCGUUUUUUGAUUUGAAUUUAUUAUUUUAUAUUUUUCUACUUUACCACAUUCAUUUUGUAUCCUUGUACAUAGAUUAUAUUCAUCCGAUUCUCGAAUUUUUAUAUAGUAUUGUCACAUUGUAGUUACUUCAAGUCAAUUUUUUAAA